AAUUUUUGGCGCCAAAAUUUGAGAAUGUCAACAAUUACAAGGAAUCUGUUUUAUGGCGUUUCCAAUAAAACUGCUUUGAGAAAGAGAAAAUUGAUAGGGAAAUGCUUAGAUGAAAAAGUUAAAGACUUCGAACAUUAUAAAAUUCCAAAGGAUUACAAGCCAAGGAUAACAGGACCAGUUGUUGACUGGAAACUGUUUUACAGACAACAAAGUGCCUUUAAUUAUGCCAGAAACCAGUCUGAGGAAUUGCAUGUAUUUGCCUUUGAGAGUUCCAGUGUAGGGUUUGGAGACGGAAAACGUAUGUACCUCGUCUCCAGUUAUGAUGUCUUUUGGAAUUAUUACAAACAGUUGUCAAGUGAGAAAAAGUUGCAUUAUGAGAUUAUUCCUGAGGGUGCUGUAUGCAAGCUGUACUUUGAUUUGGAAUUUUCCAUUCCAGACAACCCCGACAACAAUGGGACAGAGAUGGUGGCCAUAUUUAUACAGUAUGUCUGUUUAUGGUUAGAGGAAGAAUUCAGUGUGAAAUGUUCAAGAAAAGAUGUACUGGAUUUGGAAGCAAGUACAGACAAAAAGUUCAGCAGACAUCUAAUCUUCCUUUUACCUGAUGUAGCUUUUCAGGACAAUGUCACCAUUGGCUGUUUUAUUCAUCAUAUAAUCGAGGAACUGAAUAAAUAUUGUGAAAGUUCAGACUUGCCCAAAGUGGAAAAUAGACUGUCUCUUGACUCAUGUACUUCUACUAAAAAGGACAGUGUAACUAAUGCAUGUCUUGGAAAUCAAAUCAAUUCUCCUAAAAACUGUGAGUCUGCUGUGGAGGAUGCUUCAUGUUGUGGAGACGAUGGUGUGUUGGACAAUGUCAGAAAGAAAUCACAGAUAUCAGACAGGGUGUUAGGACAUUUCACCAAGGAGCAGCUCUUAUCUUUGAUUGUCAGAAACAAACAUGGGGAAAAAACUUCAUUUUGUGAUAUGGGAGUGUACACCAAAAAUAGGAAUUUUCGCCUGUACCUGUCCAGGAAGUAUGGCAAGAACAACCCUCUUCUUGUGGCUGCAGAGAACGAGUUUGUUCCUCUAUCAUCGAUGAAUGAUAAAGCCAUCUUUAUGGACUCACUAAUAGCAAAUGUGAAAUUUUCACCCAGAAUGAAGAUAUUAAAGUCUAAUGACACACAUAGAAGAAGUCAAAGAUCAUUUUCCAAUAAAGGUGCAUCUAGUACAGCAUGUUUGGAGGGCUACAAAGCCUCUCCUUAUCCAGAAGUGGAUGCUUUCCUUUUAGAACAUGUACGAAAACUAGAGCCAAAUGGAGGGAUCCGUCAUUGGACUUAUUUCAGUCAGGGAGAACUUAUUGUUUAUGAAAUGGCCAACUACAGAUUUUGUCACAAUGUAGAAAGGAGUCACAAGAGCAACAAUGUGAUGUUCGUUGUGGACCUGAAGAAAAAAAUUUAUUACCAAAAAUGCCACGAUCCUGUCUGCAAGUCACAGGGGUUUAAAUCUUCAGACUUCCCAUUGCCAGAGUCUGUGUUCCCCUCCUUCUUGUGGGAAGAUGACCCUAUGUUUGAUGGAGAAGAUGAGGAUUUAUGUAGUGCUGCUGAAGACAUUGAGAAGACAUUGCCUUUGUGACACCCUGUACCAAGAGGAUUUAAGUAGUGCUACUGAAGACAUUGAGAAGACAUUGCCUUUGUGACACCCUGUACCAAGAGGAAUUAUGUAGUGUUCCUGUACCAAGAGGAUUUAGUGUGACACCCUGUACCAGGAGGAUUUAUGUAGUGCUCCUGUACCAAGAGGAUUUAGUGUGACACCCUGUACCAAGAGGAUUUAUGUAGUGCUGCUGAAGACAUUGAGAAGACAUUGCCUCUGUGACACCCUGUACCAAGAGGCAGUCACACACUGGAACAAGACUCUUAUGUCAAAGAUAUACUAGUAUCCAUGACAUCACUUGCAAAAUAUAUCCUACACUCCAAAUGUACAUGUAUAUCUUAGGUUAUUUUAUAUGAAAGAGGGAUUCAUAGCAUGAAAUCUUUUUGAACAAGGUUAACAGCAGUGCAAUUCUACAGAUGUUCUAAUUGAUUAAAAAAGGCAUUGUUUUGCUAUUUGUAUGCCUAAUUUGCAUACAAAACAACAUGUAGAAUGUCAUUUGUAUUGCUUUUAUACAACUGUUUUAGUCAGUUUUUGGACAGAAAGAAGCCAGUUAAAGAAAUGUUUAAGAAAUGUUUACAUUCUCAAAUGUACAAGAUGACCGCACAUCCCCCUUAAUCAAAGAGAUCAUUUAAAUGUCAAUUAAAACAGCAUAGUGACUUAAUGUGCAAGGUAAUUUGUUUUUUGAGCUUUAUAUAUAGUUAUAACUCGAAUAUUCCAAAAAUAAAGACUGUUCACUUAUACUGUUAAAAGGCCUCUGUUUCAGAUUGUACUUGGCAUCAAUAGCCUAUGUAAUGUAAAGUGAUCGAGGCUCUUUAUAAAGUUUAUAGGUAUCGUUGACACCCCUGCGAAUGUUGUUGUCAUUUGAAUUUAGACCACAUGGUUUUAUUGUGACACUAUCAGUUUUGCAGUAAAAAGUUGUAGUCUUUUUCCAAGAAUCUGGGUAUUUAUAGUCAAAUAAAAACUUUAGACGUUUAUUGAUUUCAAACUUUAUAUUUUCAUUAACAGGUGGAUAAAAUGAGUUCUGGAAAUAAAUGUGACCAAAAAAAUUUUUUUGGCAUACAU